CGACCGGGAACCGGCUAACGCCGGUCUACGUGAGUAGCAAGCUGAUGGUAUAAGUAGAGAGGGUGAGACGAGGAGAUAAGUCACAGCUAAAUCAACACUCUUCCUUCCACUCUUCACUCUCCACCUCCCUCUCCGCCAAAUUCCGACCACCACUCGCCGGUCAACGACCACCAUGCCGAUCAGAAACAUAGCCGUCGGCCACUACGGCGAGGCUACCCAGCCCGACGCCUUGAGGGCCGGCCUGGCCGAGUUCUUCUCCACCCUGAUCUUCGUCUUCGCCGGCGAGGGCUCCGGCAUGGCCUUCUCCAAGCUCACCGACGGCGCCGCCAACACCCCCGCCGGCCUCAUCGCCGCCUCCAUCGCCCACGCCUUCGCCCUCUUCGUCGCCGUCUCCGUCGGCGCCAACAUCUCCGGCGGCCACGUCAACCCCGCCGUCACCUUCGGCGCCUUCCUCGGCGGCAACAUCACCCUCUUCCGCGGCAUCCUCUACUGGAUCGCCCAGCUCCUCGGCUCCACCGUCGCCUGCUUGCUCCUCAAGUUCGCCACCGGCGGCCUCGAAACGGCGGCGUUUGGCUUGUCAGCGGGAGUAGGUGUAUGGCAGGCGGUCGUUUUGGAGAUCGUGAUGACGUUCGGCCUAGUGUACACCGUCUACGCGACGGCCGUCGACCCCAAGAAGGGAAGCUUGGGAACCAUUGCUCCACUGGCCAUCGGUUUCAUCGUCGGUGCCAACAUCUUGAUCGGCGGGGCCUUCGACGGUGCGUCCAUGAACCCGGCCGUGUCGUUCGGACCGGCUGUGGUCAGCUGGAGCUGGGAGAACCACUGGGUGUACUGGGUCGGACCGCUCAUCGGAGGUGGACUCGCCGGAGUGAUCUACGAGGUCAUCUUCAUCGGCUACGGGACCCACGAGCAGCUGCCCACCACCGAUUACUAGACGGCGGUGACGGGAAGUGAAUUGGGUCGCGCGCGGGGUUUCUGAAUUUCCAUGAUGUAUUUAUCUGUCUUUGAUUCUGGUUUAUGAGGGGAGUUUAAUGGUGGAUUUGGGAUUUGUAAUCAUGCUUUUGGAAAUUCCGUUUUCUUCAUGAAAGGGAGGGUGUGUGGUUUGUGUUGGGUUAUUCCCCGUCUUUGAUUGAAUGGUAAAUUAUGUUUUCCAAUUUAGCUUGAUCUGAGUGAUUGGGAAGUCGUAAUUUGAUUUAGAGAGUUUAGUUUCAAUGCUAUUUCCCAUCCCUUUCGAGACACCCAUAUAACCGGUUUUUACACUUUGUCCAUAAUCACAUCGAUUAUUAUAUAGCUAAUAAUGCGUUAAUGCGGCUAAAGUAGGCAAUUACGUGGCU